AAAACUAUUUCUAGAAUGAAUUACUUUACAAUAUUUAUAUUAUUGCAGACUUAUUUUAUACAGAAUGCACUCGCCCAUUGCACCAGACUCCCACCAGCACCUCGAACCAUUCCAGAAUGCGCCAUAAAUAAACCAGUGAUUCCAGAAGAUGUAUCUAGUAGCGGAUUUGGGACUGUUUCCGUAUUUGGUGAUUUGCCUUUGUCUGGGGCAACCCAGGUGGUAGGACAAGUACCUGUUUUGGGCGUGGCCAUGUUCUCUGGGAACGUUCCAGCUAGAGGUUUUGUUACCAUUUCUGGAGGGUGUGGGUGCCAAUAUACUGAAUCUGCAUAAUUUUCUAUGUUCAUUUAUAUCACUAUGCUAAACACUAAAUUAUAUUUUUAGAGCUUAAACAUUUAUUAAAUAAAUAUGUUAUAUACAUA